UCUUUGUCUUGCUCGUUUUCAUUGCAGGACAUUGCUAAUCCUGCUACCAACUCAUUGUUCAAAAGAAGGAAUUUUUAUUUUCCCUUUUUUUUUGUGAGGGUAUCCCUAAUUAUUUAGCCAUUAUCACGACGAAAAAGAAAAGAAAACAAAGAAAUGGCGACCGUUGUACAGGCAACACCAGGAGAUCUUCUCGAUACAAUUAUCCGGCGGUAUCUCAAGGAUGAUGUCACAGUCAAGGACUAUGUACCCUUUGUGCUCGACACUAUCACUUGUCAUCGCCUUCUAAACGAUCGUUUUAUUAACCAUGAUCAAUCAAUAUCAAUAGCCAAAGGAACAACGGUUCAGCAGCAAUCAUUAUCUUCCUCUUCCUCAUCAUCAUUAGCAACUCAACAACGUAUUUGGGCACAACGCGUGAGAGCAUUACUGGAGUCACCGCAACCGGGUGCUCGAUGGGCUGGAGUUUGUUUUGUCAGGAUCACAGCUCAACAAAGCGUAUUCAUGUUUACAGAGCACGUCAAGACCUGGGCCACACUUCUUGUUGGCAUGUUGAAUAAAUACGAAAGUACCGCCAGUUUGGAGAUGAUCAUAGCUACAUUGACAGAGUUAUUCGCAAAGACUGCUAAAAGACCUGAUCUGAAGAGCGAUGUUGCAUCAAAAUAUCUUCCUGAUUUUCAUAACAAUAUCUUGAAUCAUAAAGAUAAACAGGAGCUCUUGCCCACUAUUUAUAAAGCAUUAGCACAAUCUGUGACAUUAUUCCCGACAACGUUCCGUUUAGUAGUGGACAAAGCUGAGGCUCUUUGUGUCGCCUAUAUGGACGGACGAUUCGAUUUAGAUCAAAUACUAGUUCAAGAGGCAGCGAACUGUUUUGCAGCAUUGCAUUAUGCAGGAGGCAAGAACCCCAAUCAUCCAACUGAGCGAAUCUUACCUUCAGAACAAUGGCGUAUCAAUGUCCAAGAACUGGUGAAGGCCUUACACAGGUGUCUGAACGUCCUUUUCGAGACUAUCGACGAAGAUAAAGUUGACCAAAAUGAAGUGGCAGGAAAGAACAAAUAUUUGACAGCCAUGCCGAGACCUGCUGGAGAUCCUAUUCAAAAAUAUCCUCAGAUGAUUGCUCGAUUUACUAGUCUUUCCAAGGGUUUGAUGGCCUGUUUAACUUGCCCUACCAAAGAAGCUGUCCAUCUACCUCUCAACAGUCUCGUUGCACUCUUGACUCGUGUCUAUAACGUCAAUACAAAGACACCCAUGUCGGAAGCACGAGGAGUUGAUCCACAGGAUUAUUAUCUUUUAAUCUCAGGGAUUUUAUCCCUUCAUAUGGUCUCCCAUCAAAUUCUAACCACCUUGCUCGCAUCUUUUCAGGAUCAUUUGGUCCGCUAUAUGUCUCAUCUCGCCACAAUUGCUAUUAAAUCUAUCCGCCAAAGUUCAAGUCCAAGAAAUUCUAGUUCGAAUAGUUCGACUCUUUUUCGGAUUUCAACUUAUUCGGUUAUAGAGACAUGCAUUCAGGCGUUCGGGAUUCCUUUCGUGAAUAUGGUUCAGGUGCCUCUGAUGGCAGCACUUCUGGAGGAUCUUCGUAUGCCGUCAGCCAGGACUAUCAAUCCGCUCGAAAUAGGUGCCGGAGGCUCAAACACCACUAAUACAAUCAAACAUAAGGGCGGUGCUGGAAAGAAUCGUCGUGGUGGCGCUGCAGGUAACAACAGCAGCAUCAGCGGCUUAGGCUCGCCGGAGGAGAUCGUCCCUUCCCAGGUUUUUAUUGCUGCAUUGAGUGUCUUGUCGUUGGUGUUGACAACUGCUGGACCUAACUUGGCGCCUCAUGCACGUGCAGCCGCAGAUACAUUGGUGGUCACCCAUCUGUUGAACUCUCAACAUCAUGUUAAUAUGAUCGAACAAUCUGAGACACUAUUUUAUACCGCUGCGAUUCGGACAGAGCUCUACAAGGUCCUUGUAGCUUCUAUCUCUUCACCUGCUGAGACCCAAUCGAGUCUAGUGCCAUUGAGUGUUGGGAUCUUUAAGGCUGGAUUGAAUGAUGCAGAAAAGUCUGUUCGAGAUAGCUGCUCCAUGGCGUUGACGAUUUGUGAUCUGGUAAUACAUGCAAGGUUGCCACCAAUGCAGCGAGCACGUACAACUGCAGUUCAACCUCAAAAGCGUCUAGGAGAGAAGCCCGUGAAGGAAGCUGCCGAGACAUUAUUUGGAGAAUUUCAAGUUCCACAGAAUAAUUUCAAUGAUCAAAACAAACCCAAGAAUGAGAGUAGUGAAGAAGACGAAGGAGAGGAGGUUGAGGAAGACGAGGAAGAGGAAGAGGAAGGGAAGGAUGUUGAGAUGAAGGAAGAGGAUAUGGACAGGGCUGCCUCUUCAAGUGCAUCCAUGGCAGCAUUCAAAGCUGCGGGUGAUCUUGGUUUCAAGCAACCUCAGCCUCCAGCAACCACCGUCACCACUACCACCAUCACCACUAAUAUCUCAUCUGCAUCCGUACACAAUAAGAAUGAAGGCGAUCAUCAGGAUAAGGCUACUGUUGUUGGUUCCAGUAUAAAGGCAACCAGAAACGUUAUCGAAUCUCAAUCCUCUACCUCACUAGAAGAUGUUGCUUCUGUUACAAAAACAUCUUUUACUUCUACCACUGACGCUACGGCUACGACUAUGACAGCAAGCUCUAUGUUGCAAUCCCAAGCGCCGGAAAGUGUAAUAGGAGUAGAUGGGGAUGAAGAUGAAGACUUUGCCAUUCCAGAAAUCAAUAUGGAAGACGACGAUGACGAUGAUGACAUGGGUAGCGAGUAAAAUGUCAUGAUAGUU